AUGGUGAAUGUUUGGAGGAACAACAUCAGACUGCUCACCGAGCUGGAGGCUGUAGGUGACAUGCUGGAACAGCUGUGGGUCUCAUAACCAGUUGGAGAAGGAAUGAGAGUCCUGUACAUGUCCAACAACCUGGUGAAAGACUGAAGUGAGUUCAUGAGGCUGGCGGAGCUGCCGCGCCUCCCCGACCUCGUGCUUGUGGAAAAUCCUCUGGAGGAGAAGCACUCGGCUGAGGGGACGUGGAUGGACAAGGUCACGAAGAGACUCCCCGGCCUGAGGAAGCUGGAUGGAAUCCCAGUCAUCAAGCAGGAGAAGACGGAGAGGCUUGACCCCUGCGUCCUGUGGUUCGUCGGACCGCUGUUCGUCUUAUAACGGACUUUCUCUUUUGUAACAGCAGCUCGGGACUGUGCUGCAGACGCUGGAGAACGCCUCGGCUUCUAACAGCUGUUUGCAGCUGGUCCAAUGUUACAGCUUUAAGUGACUCAGAGUUCGUGUUCAUACGUUGUGACGGUUCCUUUAUGAUUUUCAAUGAUUCUGAUCAUUUAAAUAAAUACUUUUGAUUUUUUUUAAGAAUAAUCACUGCUGGAAGGUUCCUCACAGUUGGCUUUAAGAUCAGAUGAUUCAAAUAUAUUGGACGUCUGUGACACGAGGAGCAGAAACGCUGCAGGAAACUACAACAGAGUGCAUUCUGGGUAAACUUUCAGGUUUCAGCUGUGCGACUCCUUCAGGUUAGAGGAAGACUGACCAAUCAGAAACGAGCUUUACUGUUUCUACUGGACUCUAUCGGAGAGUUCUAUCAGAGGGAGCCAUGUUUG